CAGUGCCAAGAUGAACUCAUCUACCAUUUCACUGAUAACAAUCGUAGUCGUAGCUCUGUUGCAGAUGCACUGCAUCCAGGGCCAGAGCCAGCCAUUCGAUAUUACUAAGCUACUGCCCAAAAGCGGAACAGAGCCCAUGUGGACUGUGAUUAAUCGGAACUUGCCGCAGGUGCAGGAGAUGAUAAGCACGGCCAGGAGGGAGUGCAUUCAGAAGCUUCAGCUGCCUAAGGAUCAACGUUCCCUCAUGAAGGUAUCCAAUCCCAGCGAGAAGGAGAAGUGUCUUUCCGAAUGUGUGCUCAAAAAGAUCAAGCUGAUGGACGACAACAACAAGCUAAACGUAAGUCAGGUGGAGAAGCUAACUAGUCUGGUGACCCAGGACAACAAGAUGGCCAUGGCCAUUAGCUCUAGCAUGGCCCAGGCCUGCAACCGCGGCAUUGCGUCCAAGAACUCCUGCGAGGUGGCUCAUCUCUUCAACCAGUGCAUCGGCCGCCAGCUGGAGCGCAACAACGUCAAGUUGGUCUGGUAGAUCCUUCUACUUCUAUGAUAUCCAUUAGCUUAAUCCAGUAGUUUGGCCAAUGAAUCCACAAUUUAUUGUAGAUCUUAAUCAUGGGUUUUUUUUAUAUAUUUACUUUUUCUAAGCAGCGUUGUUUUGAAAGUUUGUAAAAGAUAUUAAUAAAUUUUAAAAUACGAUAACAAA